GCCAAACAGUACGUAUCGCUGGCUUGGAUAGUCGCCCGCAUCUGAGGUAGAGCGAAAUGAGGACGGCACUGGGCAUGAUGCCCAGCUCGUCCAAAUGCGCUCCUCUGCAUCCUCAUUGGUGCCUCUCGUGCUUUACAUGUGUUCCGGCUAAGCACAACGAUACUGAUUGUAGCCCAAUACAUGCCACCUACGGCCUGUAUACGACCAUUCCAUCGUGGAUCAUGUAGGGAACCAUGUCUCCAAGGCCUGCGGACAACACGUCAUGUCGACUUAUUGGCCCUACGACCGUGGUAUCGCCUCACGCAUCCACCUAGCUGCGUCUCUCCAUCCAGCCAAAAGCAACGGUACACGAGCCACAAGCCGCAGUAUACCACAAGCGCUUAAACCUAGUCGCCGCGGUAAGGCUACCAUUACAAGAUCCUCAAAAAGCUAGGGUACCCCGUAGCCUCUUCAACCCCCCUCUUCCGCGCCGCGAAAGAACCAUUUCCUGGUCAAAGCGAGCCGACUAGACGACACUCGAGACCGUACGACGGCUGCCCAGGUGGCUAGAUGGUCUAUGGAGCCUUUGGUUUACGUAGCUCCGAACGACGUGCGGGAGGCG